AUGGAAAACUUAUUCAACAAACAACUAAAAGCGAUGCUUAAAAGAAAUUUAACGCUGAAGAAAAGGGAGAAAAAGAAAACGAUCGCGGAAAUAAUUUUCCCUCUGUAUUUCCUUAGUUUACUGAUAAUCAUCAAGCUGAGCCUGCCCGACCCGAAUUUACCGGAAAUUACCACCCCAAGGGACCAAGAAAAUUUAUUUCAGUCCUUCAAUGCUUCUAGAUUUCACAGCAUAGCAGUCGCUCCGAGCUCGCCUGAUAUAAGGGCUUUCCUUAAGCAAACCGAUGAAUAUGUAAAGCUAUUUUUAAAUAACAAUAAUGUUAUUAACUGGGUAUUCUAUGAAAACGAAGAAGCUUUAAUAGGACAGUAUAACAAAAGUUCCACUUCGAUACCAAUAGCGGUGGUAUUUGAAGAUUCUGAUCCUAUACGAAAUCCACUGAAGUAUAAGAUACGUACGAAUCCGUCUUUUAUAGCAACACCAUCUACCAAUGUCUUCUAUAGUCUUUUGUCUUCCUGCAGAGGCUCGGGCUCGAAUCUCGAACCACCACAAACGUGCCCCGUUAAUUCCUAUUAUUUUUCCGACUUCCUGGCGAUCCAAACCCUUUUGGAUUACACGAAAAUCAAGCUGGAUUCGAUGAUACCGAUUUUUCCGAAUUUCCGCUUGGAAAUAUUCCCGAAGGCGGCGGAGAAAAACUUCUCGUUUCUGGCUUUUCGAAUGAUCAUUCCCUUAUACAUGGUGAUGGCGAUGUCGCAAUUCAUCACCUAUCUGAUGAUGCUGAUCGUGGGCGAAAAAGAGAAGAAAAUUAAAGUCGGCAUGAUGAUUAUGGGAUUGAGAGACGUUGUUUAUUGGUUAUCCUGGUUCAUAUAUUACGUAUGUUUCGUGUUCAUCGUAUCCACAGUGGCCACUCUGUUGCUGUACAGUUUAAAUGUAUUUUCCGAUAGUAAUUAUCUGUUGAUUUUCAUAGCGAUUGUGCUAUACGGAUUGUCUGUGAUUAUGUUCGGUUUCAUGGUUACUCCAUUUUUCGACAAAGCGAUGACUGCAGGUGUAGUGAGCAACUUUGCGUUGAUUUUUGUAAGUUUACUUUUUUAUGUAACCAUUUAUACCGAUGGUAAAGGCGUUGCUUCUUGGUUUUUGUCCUUAUUAAGUCCUGUAGCAUUCGCUAUGGCUUUAGACAAGGCUAUUGUAAUGGAAAUAGCUAAAGAUGGGCUUAGUUUUAAUAAUAUGUUUUCGGGCGAAGGUUUACCCUUUGGAGGAAGCCUCAUUCUUCUAGCUUUCGAUAUGGUUUUAUACGGCUUACUGGCUUAUUAUUUAGACAGCGUUGUUCCGAGUGAAUAUGGCGUUAAAAGACCAAUAUUUUUCUGUUUCUCCAAGUCCUUUUGGUGUUCUAAACAAACUAAUAAAUCUUUAUCGGACGAAUCGAACGAAACUUUACCAAACGUAGAACCUGUUGCGACAGAUUUAAUAGGAAAAGAAGCCAUUAAAAUAAGAAAUUUAUACAAGAAUUUCAAGAAAUUUAGGAAGCCCACAACAAACGCCAUUCGGGGUAUCAAUUUGUCGAUAUACGAAGGGCAAAUCACGGCCAUCAUCGGCCAUAACGGAGCCGGAAAAACCACUCUUUUUAACAUUUUAACCGGCCUAACAGCACCGACUUCAGGCAAAGUAGAAGUUUUCGGAUACGACGUUAGCGAUUCAAAUGACAUGGACCGAAUCCGAAGAAUGAUCGGCGUGUGUCCGCAACACGACAUUUUAUUCGACAAUCUAACGCCCAGGGAACACUUGGAGUUCUUCGCCGCCAUCAAAGGCAUCGAAAACAUCGAAAACGAAGUGACGAGAACCCUGCGAGAUAUCGAUUUAGGCGACAAAGCGGACGAGCAGAGCAGACAUUUGAGCGGCGGCCAGAAGAGAAAAUUAUCCAUUGGAAUCGCCAUAAUAGGAAACCCCAAGAUUAUUAUACUCGAUGAACCAACAGCUGGUGUUGACCCGUAUUCUCGAAGACACAUGUGGUCUGUCCUCCAAAACAUUCGCAAAGGAAAGGUUAUUUUACUUACCACGCAUUUCAUGGACGAAGCAGACAUUCUCGCUGAUAGGAAAGCGGUGGUAUCGAAAGGAGAGGUCCGUUGCUGCGGGAGCUCCUUGUACCUGAAGAACAAGUUCGGAGUGGGCUACCACUUGACCAUGGUGCUGGAAGAUGGGGCUUCCAGCGAGGAUUUGCUGAGAUUGGUCAAGAGUUACGUGGCGAACGGCGAGAUGGUCAGGCGACACGGAAAAGAGCUGAGUUUCGUGUUGCCGUACGACGCGGUUUCGAAAUUUUCCGGGCUAUUUUCCGCCAUCGAGAGCGAAAUCAACAACCGCAGCGAUUCGGGUAAAUAUACAACAAUUUCCUCGCAAAAAUUUAACGUCUACACUCCAGGUAUAUUGAGCUACGGGGUGUCGAUGACCACGUUGGAAGAGGUCUUCUUGCAGUUGCAGAAGGAUGAAGAAAUGGACGAUGUUAAUAACGAUUCUAAUAGACGUCGAAAGCCGAGAAAUACGAUUGAAUUGGUGAUAUGCGCAUCGAAAUAUCGGCAUUUGGAGGAAAAUAAUAUCGAAGAACCUUCUGUUGUGUCCGAUUUUCAAAGUUUGGAAUCCAUCAAAUGCGAACCCAGCGCGUCCCAAACUCUCAAGGCUUUGAUCAAAUUGCGUAUCCUGCGAUUGAGGCGGGAGUUUAGCAAAUUGUGCUCCCUAAUUGUCUUUCCGAUCGGUCUAACGGCGCUAGGAUUAUUUUUGAGCAACGUUCAAGCGAGCGCAAACUCUCGAGAAAUGAAUCCUUUGGUUUUGAGCCUACCAAAUUUGUACGGAUAUUUACCGAUUUCCAUACGCGGAGGAACGAAAAACUUCGAAAUCGACAUCAGAGAUUCCGGUGCGACUAAUUUGGACAGCAAAUUCACCGGAAACUAUUCGGAAUUGUUGGAUAUUUACCCGCACAUCGGUGUUUACAAUAUCAACCGCUUCGAUAUUGAUAAUCCUGAUAUAACUAUUUUGUAUAACGACACAGAAACGCAUAGUUUACCAAUAUUAAUCAACCUUCUUAACAACGCAUUUGCUCGAGCAGCAACAGGAGUGCAUAGCACCUCUAAUAUACAAGUUAGUACGCAUCCUUUCGAAGAUACUUCGACGGAUUCAGUUACCUUCGAUGGCUCCAGUCUUAUUUUGGGUAUGGUGUUUUUGUACGCUCCAGUCGUUUUAGCUGUUGAUAUGGUAUACGAUCGAGAGAUAAAAGCAAGGAACCAACUCCGAGUCAACGGACUAUCAUUCACCUUAUACUUUCUGAGCUUCUUCGCAAUCCAAAUAGCCCUUAUGGUGCUGUUGUGUGCCAGCCUCAUCGUGCUCGUGGUGAUCAUGAAACCGGCCGCGUUGUCAUCGGCUUCGGCUGUGGCAGUUCUAUCGGUACUCAUCGGACUUUAUUGCCCCGCUUCAAUUCUCUUCACCACCGCAGCAAGCUACUUGUUCGACAAAUCCGAAACUGCUCAGGCUGUUAUGAGCAACACGGCGCUCCUGCUGGGGAUGGUGCCUUAUUUGAUAGUCACUUUAACGCCUCCGCACGUGGGGCGAUUAGUCCACUGCGUGUUCUCCUUUACCGACGUGAUGUAUUUACCUUACGGGAUUAUUUAUUACAUAAGGAAUAUAUCUGAGGCUUGCCGCUACAAUGGAGGCUGCGAUGGGAGUGUUAAGGAUUAUUUUACGCAGGAUAUUGUAGUGGUUUUUGUUGCUUUGUUGGUGCAUAUACCUUUGUGGUACUUUAUGGUAAUGGUAGCUGAUGUAAAGAAGUCCGGUGGGCAACUAAGUAGUUUAUUUAAAAAGAAUAUUAACGGCGCUACCGAUGAGGAACAUAUUGGAGAUUAUGGUCAAAAUGAAGAUGAAGAUGUAAGAACAGAGAGGCAAAGAGUAAAAUCCAUAAUUCGUAAUAAUCCAGCUACAACACCUGUAGUUGUGAUAGAUGAUUUACACAAAAAGUACAAGACGAGUGAAUCGUCUGGAUGUAAAAAACCCAAACGCAUCAACAACGAUAAAAUCGCCGUAAAAUCAAUCUCUUUAGCAGUCGACGCAGGUGAAGUCUUCGGCUUAUUAGGCCACAAUGGAGCCGGGAAAACCACAGCGAUGAGAAUCAUCACAGCCGAGGAAUCCCCUACCAGAGGUCGAGUACAAAUAGCGGGAAAGAGCAUAACCUCGAACAUGAACGACGCCUUCCAGCUGCUGGGCUACUGCCCGCAGCACGACGCCCAAUGGAAGGAAAUAACGGUGGCGGAGCACCUGGAAGUGUACGCCGCCAUCAAGGGCGUGCCCGCGAAGACGAUUCCCAAGAUGGUCGAAUUGUACUUGACCGGGUUGCAAAUACACGAGCACAGGAACAAGCAGAGCAAGCACUGCUCGGGCGGGACGCGCAGGAAAUUGAGCUACGCCAUGGCGAUGGUGGGUAACCCGAGGAUCGUCUUGCUGGACGAGCCCAGCACUGGGAUGGAUCCGGAGAGCAAGAGGUUUUUGUGGGAUACCGUUUUGGCUAGUUUUAAGGGGUCUAAAGGGGCGAUUUUAACGACGCAUUCUAUGGAGGAGGCUGAUAUUUUGUGCUCCAGGGUAGGAAUUAUGGUGAACGGGGAAUUAAGAUGUUUGGGAUCGACGCAACAUUUGAAGAAUCUAUAUGGAGCAGGUUAUAAUUUGGAAAUUAAAUUAAGACUCGACUCCAAUUCAGAUGGUAGUGGUAGAUUAAAUGCCUGCAAAGAAUUCAUAAACUCCAAAUUCUCGGAUGUUAAACUCGAAGAGAGCAUUUCCGAUAGACUGAUAUUUAGUGUUCCACAACACAACGUGCCAUCAUUGGCCUCUUGCUUCAGAUUUUUAGAAGAAGCUAAAGAGAGGUUGAGUAUAGAAGAGUACAGUUUCAGUCAAACCACACUGGAACAAGUUUUCCUAAAAUUCGCCUACGAGAGUGAAAUUGAAGAUUAA